AUGAGCCGGCUCCGAGCAUUUUCUUCGCCGGAUUUAGUUCCUUCUGAUUCUGGAUCUGUUACUUCACCAACAAGAAACUACGAGCACCAUGAAGAUUCUGGAUUAGAAGGCAUCUCUACGAAUAUUAAGCUACUCCUGAAACUCGUUCAAGAUCACAACGAAGCAACCUCCAAGCACCGCGAUGAAUGGAAGGCACAGAGAGUUAACACGAUGAUGACGAUUCUCGAUGAUUUAAAGGCACGAAUCCAGAAAGCUCAACAAUCAUCAUCAUCAGGGAAAAAAGAGCUUAGACGAUGCAACACAGAUCUGAAACCGAGUCAUGGUCCGAGCAAGAAUCCGUUAAAGCCGCCGCAGAACGACCUCGAUGACACUCAGAAGCUGAGAAGAGAGCUAACCGCGAGCAUGGCUGCAAGAAAGAGUCUUCAAAUGAUGUGUUCAAGUUUAGGUAAGGAGAAAGAGAUAAUGGCUAUAGAGCUUGCGAGGAAAGCUCACGAGCUGACCGGAAUGGAGGAGCUUAUUAGUGAUCUCAGGGCCCAAAACGAGAAACUACUUAAGAAAGUACAGAAUUGCGCGGUGGAGCACAAUAAGGAGAAGAAAGGAGAUGGUGAUGGAAGUCAAGGAGACGAAGAUAUGUCUCUUCAGGGAAGAAACAAAGAGCUUUCUGAACAGCUUCUCAAGUCUAUUGACGGAUACAGAUCUCUGAAGAGGAGAUACAAAGAUGCUCAAGAGGAGAAUGGAUCGAUGAGACAAGUGCUUAGAGAUUCUGCAGAAGAAGUGAGUGUUGGGUUUCAAAGACUAACCGAGUUGCAUGAAAAGAUCGGAAGAGAAGAUAAUGAAGUGAAUAUUGAGAAUGAGAUUUCAGAUUUAGAGAAGUUGUUUCAAGGGCUUGGUUUAAAGAUCUCGAAUCAUUCACAGAAGAAGUAA